AGGAGAGUGACGUAAGAGGAAGAAGUCGCCAUUAGAGGGAGGCGGAUAGAAGGGCUAGGAGCGCUUGGCCUGUCAGUUGUCGGUGCGCCUACCGUCAGGAGAGACAGGGCCGCUCUCCGGGGCUGCGUUUGCCCUUCAGUGCAGGCUACACGCCCGCUACGUUGGUGUCCAUGGCGGCUGGAGGAGGCGGAGCUGGGGGCAGCAAAACGUACUCGUUCAAGGUGGUGCUGCUCGGAGAGGGCUGUGUAGGGAAGACGUCGCUAGUGCUGCGCUACUGUGAGAACAAGUUCAACGACAAACACAUCACCACCCUGCAGGCAUCCUUCCUUACAAAGAAGUUGAACAUUGGAGGGAAAAGGGUGAACCUUGCGAUUUGGGACACGGCUGGUCAAGAGAGAUUCCACGCACUCGGCCCAAUCUACUACAGAGACUCUAAUGGGGCUAUUUUAGUGUACGAUAUCACAGAUGAGGACUCCUUCCAAAAGGUAAAAAAUUGGGUAAAGGAACUGCGGAAAAUGCUGGGGAAUGAAAUCUGUUUAUGUAUAGUAGGAAAUAAAGUAGAUUUGGAAAAAGAGAGACAUGUCUCUGUUCAAGAAGCAGAAGCGUAUGCAGAAUCUGUGGGUGCAAAGCACUAUCAUACUUCAGCCAAGCAAAAUAAGGGAAUUGAAGAGUUAUUCCUUGAUCUGUGUAAAAGAAUGAUAGAAACAGCACAAGUAGAUGAAAGAGCCAAAGGUAACGGGCCAAGCCAGUCAGGGGCGUCUAGGAGAGGAGUACAGAUUGUCGAUGACGAACCACAGGCACAGAGCGCGGGCGGAUGCUGUUCCGGAUAAAUGUGUGAACUGAGCAGAUACUUGUCCUAUCAGGAAGAUUGCCAUAUUCCAAGUCACCUAUUCUUUUACCAUUGGGGUAACCGAAAUUAACAGUAUUUAAAUGAGGAAAUAAAGUAACCAAAUCCGAGACUAAGCGGUAUACUGUCGGAGUGCGUGACCACAGAAUUGGCAUUUUCUACAGCUGAUUACUGAGCAAUUACCAAUGGCCUUUUUACAUAUGGUUUUUCUUUAAUGAAGAAUAAUAUGCAUGUAGAAAAGACCUACUUAAAGCUUCAUUUAUAUUCUUUUUAAUCCUGUUCUUUAUUUAAUAACUUAUGUACAUUGUUAGGACGGUAUGCACUUUGCUGCAUUUUGUGGAAAACUAAUAUUCUAAAAAAAGCAUUCCCCAGCAGAUAUCAGUCAUAUUUUUGCAGGGUUUUCACAUGGUCUAACUGUUCAUUUUGGUUCUAGUUAAUUCUAUCAAAUCUGGUCUAUGUGCAUUACAUAUUAAAUAUUUUAUCUGCCUUCUUUCCCUGUGCGAAAUAUGUCCUAGACUGUUGUAUGACAUUGCCGUUAGCAAGUUGUCUUAACACUGUUCUGCAAGUGACCUUUGUCAUGUGCUAACUCUUCUCACGUGUCCUUAGGACUUGCUCUAAUCACAGCGAUUGCUUUACACAUACACCACCGGAACAUAAUCCCGCUGAUCAGUAUAUACGAUUAUAUCUAUUGCUUGUUUCAUCAAACUCUGCAACUCUGGAGUAAGGAAUACACCUUGAGGAGCAUGUAGAACCAGCACUUUGUUUGGUACCUAUUGGCCCUCCGCCCAUGUAAUUGCUAUUAUUCGUUGUAGAAUAAAUCAUUUAUGCUUAACAAUGAUACUUGUUAUAAAAAUUAACUUGAAAUAAUUGGCUUUAACUUUUUUUUAAUUUUUAUAUACUACUACCCCUGACCUCUUUAGUUCCGGCGUGUUCUUACAUUUUCUUUUCAAGUCCUUAACAAUAACACUGACCUAUUUGAAGCUUUACCAUCAGUUAAGUAGUUCUGAAUGUCAUGGUAUUUGUGGUUCCUCUGAAAAUGUCUUUUCACUUGUAUGAUGGGUUUCUCUGCACUACACUUGUAGAUAAAUACAGGGGGAUUGUGGGAAAUGGGGGAGAAAUAAUGUUUGACAUCAAUUUUUGUUUUAAUUCACAAAGAAACAGUAAAGGUAAUGGUCAACGAUC